GGAUUUGAUCGGGGCUCCAAACCUUACUUAUUGCCAUUUUAUAUGUUUAACAAAAACCAAAAAACAUCGUUUGACCCAACCAGUGACCAGUGACCACCACCACCACCACCUGCAGAUGAUGAAGUUGAACCGUGGAAGCAUCUUCCUUAUAGCUUUUCUACUAUCAACAUUAACAUCUCUUCAAUCUUCAUCAUCAUCGUCUUCAGAAGAAUCAAACAUCAUUUCCCGUUUCCAACAAUACCUACAAAUCAAAACCAACCAUCCAACCCCAAACUACACUCAAUCCUCCCAAUUUCUAAUAUCACUAUCCAAAUCACUCUCACUCGAAUCCCAAACAAUCGAAUUGGUACCCGGAAAACCCAUCAUCAUUCUCAAAUGGGCCGGUACAAGCCCGGAGCUGCCUUCCAUCAUGCUCUACUCUCACACUGAUGUGGUCCCCGCUGAACAUGAUAAGUGGGUCCAUCAUCCUUUCAAGGCCCAUGUGGAUGAUGAAGGAAGGAUUUAUGCAAGAGGGUCCCAAGAUAUGAAGUGUGUUAGUAUGCAGUAUCUUGAAGCUGUUAGGAUUCUUAAAAGUUGGGAUUUUCAGCCUAAGAGGACUGUUUAUUUGGUUUUUGCUCCUGAUGAGGAGAUUGGUGGUCAUGAUGGUGCUGAAAAGUUUUCGCUUUCGAAGGAUUUUCAGGACUUGAAUGUUGGUAUAGUGCUUGAUGAAGGGCUGGCUUCUCCGGAUGAGCAUUAUAGGGCAUUCUAUGCAGAGAGGAGCCCAUGGUGGCUGGUGAUCAAGGCUGUUGGGGCCCCUGGACAUGGCUCCAAGCUUUAUGACAACUCUGCUAUGGAGAAUCUCUUGAAGAGUAUUGAAAGCAUCCGAAGGUUUCGCGCCUCACAAUUUGACUUGAUCAAGGCCGGCUUGAAGGCUGAAGGGGAUGUUGUUUCUAUUAACAUGGCCUUUUUGAAGGCUGGAACUCCAUCUCCAACUGGUUUUGUCAUGAAUUUGCAGCCAUCUGAAGCAGAAGCUGGAUUUGAUAUUAGAGUGCCACCAACUGCUGAUGCAGAAUCAUUAGAGAGGCGAAUUGCCGAAGAGUGGGCACCUAGUUGCCGCAAUAUGUCUUUCAGGCUCGGGCAGUUUAAACAGAAGCUGUCUGUGCUUGAUGCGUCCGGGAAACCAGUCAUCACCAAAACUGACAGUUCCAAUCCCUGGUGGGCAUUGUUAGAAAAUGCUGUCCAAGAGUCUGGUGGGAAACUUGGUAAGCCGGAGAUAUUUCCUGCUUCCACAGAUGCCCGCUAUUUCCGCCGUGUUGGAUUGCCUGCUAUUGGAUUCUCACCUAUGGCAAACACUCCUAUUCUACUCCAUGACCACAAUGAGUAUCUUCACAAAGAUGAAUACUUGAAAGGGAUCAAAGUAUAUGAGUCAAUUAUUAAAGCAUAUGCAUCCUUCGAUGAACGUGUAAAAGAUGGAACGUCAAAAGAUGAGUUAUGAGCAAGUGGUGUGACACCUAUCCCUUUCUUGAUGCCUACACUCUGGCUUUGUCUCAGAUGUAACAUGAUUUGAAGUGACUCAAUUUUAAUUUUUAUUAUGCAACAAAAAAGAGCAUAUCUGAUUUGUAAAAUAAAGAGGAAAUAAACCCUUUGGUUUUACUUUGGGCUAGCAACUUAGCUUUGUUUGAAUGUUUUCAGAACUAAAUUUUCUGUGCAUAAUUUUGUAAUGGAAAACCACCCUUUUAUGUUUGAUUGUGUAAAA